AUGAGAACUCGCCGCCCGCACACUCACUCCGCCGCCGCAACCGCAAUUUCAUCCUCUCUUCUUCUAAUCCUAACAACAACAUGUCUCCUUCUUCUCUCUUUUUCAAUUCCCGCCCAAUCGGAAGUCAUCACUUUAACCUCCGACACCUUCUCCGAUAAGAUAAAGGAGAAAGAUACUGCGUGGUUUGUGAAAUUCUGCGUUCCCUGGUGCAAGCAUUGCAAGAAUUUGGGCUCGCUGUGGGAUGAUGUUGGUAAGGCAAUGGAAAAUGAAAAUGAAAUAGAGAUUGGAGAAGUUGAUUGUGGCACGGAUAAAACUGUUUGUUCUAAAGUUGAGAUUCACUCGUAUCCUACAUUUAAGGUUUUCUAUGAUGGAGAAGAAGUUGCCAAAUAUCAAGGUACAAGGGAUGUUGAAUCAUUGAAAACUUUUGUUUUGGAUGAAGCUGAAAAGGCAGCAGCAAAAGCACAACUCGAUAGUGAUAAAGAAUUGUAA